UUUGAACUGAGUGACCUAAGUUUGUAAGGCGGCCUGGACAAACUUGCAGUUAUUAAAAGGAUUUUUCACAUUAAAGUUUUGGAAUCACUUAUGGUAAUAGCCAAUAAAUUUUCCUGAACUUGCGUCAUAGAGUAAGUGGGGUUUGGCUGAAAAAUGUACUCAAAAGUGAAACGCUUGCAAAUUUCAAGUCUCACAGAAUUCACCUUCCUAACCAAUGCAAGGUUAUCCUUAACUAAUAUGACGCGUUUCUUUGAUUAGGUGGCUGAAUCUGUUUAUAUCAUCAAGCUGUCAUUCCAAACGUUUGUCAUCUCUGAAUAAUGGCCACCGUGUCUAAACACAAGAAAGUGAGGAUCAUGAAACAGAAGUUGAAACUUUUUCGAGCCAAUGAACCAUUAAAAAGUGUACUGAUGUGGGGCAUAAAUUAUUCGUUUUCCGCUUUAAAUCAUGUUAAGCAACGUGCACUGUUAUUGAAAGACGAUUUCAAAGCAUAUAUGAAAGUGAAGGUUAAUAACCACUAUUUCAACAAGGAGAAUAUGCCUAGUAGAUUCAAGUUUAAAGAGUACUGCCCAAUGGUGUUCAAAUCAUUACGAGAUCGAUUUGGAGUUGACAAGAUGGAUUAUUGGGACUCUUUCACCAGACACCAACCAUUGUGGGAUAGUACACGUGGAAAAUCUGGAUCGAAAUUCCUAGUCACGUAUAACCGACAAUUUGUGGCUAAGACAAUCAGUUCAGAAGAAGUUGAACAAAUGCAUCAAAUGUUAGAAGAAUACUAUUCUUAUAUUGUCAAAGGACACGGUCAAACACUGCUUCCUCAAUUUCUUGGACUUUAUCGACUUACAGUGAAUGAUCAGGAGUCGUAUAUAUUAGUAAUGAGGAAUGUGUUCAGCCCAAGACUUGCGAUUCACAAGAAAUAUGAUUUGAAGAAUAUUCUGUGUUCAAGUCAUCAUGUGAAACGUUCUGUAAGUAUUCAUUCGUUCUUCGCUCAUGGGUCGACUCAAUUGUCGAGUUCCAAGAUCAACAUUGACAAUGCUGUGACAGUUUUAGACAAGGAGCAUAAACGUCGUCUACGGAUUAAAAAGCAUUCGUUUCAAAGUACCACAGGUGUAUGUCAUGUUAUUGUAACUUAACACAUGCAUCAAC